AUGGGGUUACCAACCGGCAACCACCACCGACGGCGCAGCUCGAUGCUCACAGGCGCGACGCGAUCCUCACAGCCGGCUUCUUCGGACUGGAGGGAUGAGAGUCUGCGGUCAGGCGAUGGCGGGCUCAAGUCUGACGAGCAGGAGCCCUUGACGGCCGAGGACACGGACACGUCUGAUCUAUCAUCAUCGGCUAUCGACAAUAAUCGGGAUAUCGAAAUGAGCUCGGACGACGACCAGUACGAUGAGGAGACCGGCCUGACGGCAAAUCAGAAGCGUCAACGGCGCCGCCGCCGCCGGCAACGCAGGAAGCUGGAUGCCCGCAUUGCAGACGUCAAGUCGACCCGAUCAAUCUUCCAGCUAGGCUUGGCCGAUCGCAGCGUCGUUAAGAGGCUGUCUGUCAACGCCGGUUUGAUUCUCAUGUGGUACUUCUUCUCUUUGUCCAUUUCCAUCUACAACAAAUGGAUGUUCUCCGAAACCGAUGUCGUCUUCCCUUUCCCUCUCUUCACAACCAGCCUGCAUAUGCUUGUACAGUUCACCUUUGCCGCUCUUUUACUAUGGAUCUUUCCAUCUUUGCGCCCUCGUCACCCACCGACCUCUCCCUCGAGCUCGCCCGCGGAGGGCUCCGAAUCGAACGAACCCGUGGUCACCAACCUCUUCUAUAUCACACGUCUCGUACCUUGUGGUGCUGCCACCUCUCUCGACAUCGGACUGGGCAACAUGUCCCUCAAAUUCAUUUCUCUCACCUUCCUCACCAUGUGCAAAUCCUCUGCGCUCGCUUUCGUUCUUCUCUUUGCUUUCAUUUUCCGCCUCGAAACCCCUUCCUUUAAAUUGAUCAUUAUCAUCGCCACAAUGACGAUCGGUGUGGUGAUGAUGGUCGCCGGAGAGACUGCUUUCAAUGCACUCGGAUUUACUCUAGUCAUUGCAUCUGCUUUUUUCUCCGGUUUCCGAUGGGGUCUGACGCAAAUCCUCUUGCUUCGGCACCCUGCAACUUCGAACCCGUUCUCAACCCUCUUUCUCCUCACACCAGUGAUGUUUAUUUCUUUAAUUGUCAUUGCCCUCGCCAUCGAGGGCCCUAACGAAAUCCACCAAGGUUUCCUCAGCCUCGCCGAAAAGCAUGGAACAGGCUUCGGUGCCACCUUGCUAAUUUUCCCUGGCGUUCUUGCAUUCUGCAUGAUUUCUUCUGAAUUUGCACUUCUGAAACGCUCUUCCGUCGUCACUUUGAGUAUCUGCGGUAUCUUCAAGGAAGUUGUGACGAUUAGUGCUGCAGGCGUUAUUUUCCACGACAAGCUCACGACUGUCAACAUCACCGGUCUAGUAGUCACCAUCAGCAGUAUAGGUGCUUACAACUACAUGAAGAUCUCUCGGAUGCGCAGCGAGGCCGAGGACUACUCGAGCCGCGAGGGAACCCCGGACUCCGACAGCGAAGACGGCGGACCCAGCGGCGGUGAACCUAGCGGUGGCGAGUACGGCGAAUAUAACCGAGUCGCCAACCAAGAUACGGACAUGGUUAGCCCUGCACCGACCGGACGUCCCAACGACGACUUACAUGCUUCUCCCGCGGGUGACCAACGGCGGUCGUUCCGCGUUCGAGCCAGCGGUGCUAUGCACGGGCUCUCCAUUUCCACCUCCACCAUUCCCGAGGAUGACGGGCCUCCGUCUCCCAUCAAAUCGGCCCCGCCAACGAUCACCUCAAUGGCGGAGGCGGGCGGGUUCCCCCGCCUUCCCGCGGCGCAGCGAGAGGAUUCUCCAGGCAUCCACUCUACUGCUUCUAUGUCGCCGGUUCGCCAUCAAACGCCAGGUCCUCACUAG